AUGGCAAUUUCAUCAACGUCCGAAUCAGAUUGGGCAUGGCUUCCAACGGACCUCCUAGAUUCGAUUCUGCACAAGCUGGCCUCACCCUUUGACAUGGUUCGUUUUGGUGCCGUAUGCAAGUCAUGGGGGACAGCGGCACGACAAGGCACUCAAAUUCCCAAGCUGCUGGUUCCCAGCAAAGACAAUAUCGAGAAAGCGCGGAGUUUAUACAGCAUCACCGACCGGACAAUCUCUGACGUUACCCUCCCCGUGCCUUACAAUAGAAGAAGAUGCUGCGGUUCUUCAUUUGGUUGGUUGAGCUUUGUAACCAACACUUCGUCCAUUAUCCUCUUCAACCCCUUCAGGAACAAGAAAAUCCGUCUCCCACAGCUUCAAAAACUCACAGUCUAUACAAGGAAGUCAGGUAAGCAGUAUACCGUCAAAAAAGUUACAUUGUCCUCGGACCCCGCUGAGGACUCGGAUUGCCUUGUCGUGGCAAUAUUUGGUGAAUUUAGUGACUUGGUUUUCAUGAAAUUAGGUGACGAAUCUUGGACUUAUGUGGAACAUGAGUAUGGACACUUGUUCUCUGAUGUUUUAUAUUAUAAAGGCCAGGUUCUCGCCAUUGAUCAUCGAAGUGAGCUUAUAUCCCUCGAUGUCAAUACCAAUAAAAAAAAUGUACUUGCGCCCCAAGAUUUGGAGCAUGCUUACCAGACAUAUCUGGUGGAAACAUCUAACGGGGAUUUGUUCCUCCUACGGAGGUUCUUCGAUGAAGAUUCGUUAUCUGAACAGAUUCCACAGAGCAUAACUGGUUAUUUUACGGUGCACAAGCUUGUGCUAGAUGAUGAAAGUGGAAGAGUGGUGGAGCGGGUGGAGGUGAAGAACAUAGGAGAUGAUGCCUUUUUCGUGGGAGACAAUCAGUCUAUAUCUAUUUCAACUUCUGACUUUCCGUAUUGUCAGCCCAACUCCAUAUAUUACACUGAUGACUACAUUUUUACUCGUCCAUAUUUUCCUGAUGGGGCCAUUGACAUGGGUAUCUUCAAUUUGAAAGACAGAAGCAUUCGACUACACUACAAACCAAAUCCUUCACACAAGUACUAUAUGCCUCCCCCAAUUUGGAUACUAUUGCCCAUGUUGUAA